AUAUGUACGCCCAACUUAUUUGUUUUCUCCAUCUUUUUACGAGCGUUCUGAGCUCGUCUGUUUCCACGGCUCAGCAUGUUCCGCGACCGACUCAGUGUGAUGGAACUGAUCCAUAUCAUUUUGAUUGGCGGGAAUGCGGUGGGGUAAGUCCGGUUAAGGAUCAAGGGCAAUGUAAUUCUUGCUGGGCUUUUAGUGCUAUUGCAAACAUCGAGAGUCAAUUUUGGAUGCAAGGUUAUCCCUGCAUCCUUUCGGAGCAGUUCCUGUUAGAUUGUAACACUAUGGGCGCCGGUUGUGAUUCAGUUCAUCACGUCGGGGUGGUCCACAUCUUCGCUGAUAUAAUAGCGAAUCUCGGAGGUGUACCUAAAGAUUCAAACUACCAGCCCUACAAUCAAUCAAGGCACCAAUGCCCACAGACCAAGCCUCCGUUACUAAACGUGAUCGGAAUGGAGCGAAUCAAGCCACGAGAUGAGGAUGCAAUGGCCAAAGCUUUGAGGGAACAUGGGCCGCUUUCUGCUGGUAUUAACGACAAAAUGAUGUUAAUGCCUCGCAAGCCUUUAGAUAUAGACGAACCGACGGAGGAACAGUGCCCGCCGGAAAAACGGAACCACGCCGUUCUUAUAGUUGGGUACAGCGUCGCUUAUAGCCCUGACGGACGGACGGUGCCAUAUUGGAUUAUCAAGAACUCAUGGGGGACAAAAGGCUGGGGGGGAGACGAGGGGUAUUAUUACCUCCGGCGCGGGACCAACGCCUGUGGCAUCGCCAUCGACGCGUCUUACACUAAAGUAGCAUAAGAUUAAAGGGGCUGUCCACACCCAAUGCCCUUGAAAUCGAUGUUAAUUAAACAGUUUUUUAAGAAA